AUGAAUGGGCACCAGGGCGUAGAGCUACAUCCACUGCCAACCGCGGCCACUGGUACGUCGACUGGUACCCCGACACAACCGUCCAGCAACUUUUACCGGAAUGGACCCAGUAUUGGGCCAUCAGAUCUCGAUGUUCAGUUGAUGCCUUGGAAGUACGUCGGGUAUAAGGGAUAUGCGCAAUUCGUAUCAUCCGACGACGAUCUGCUCGUUCUUAAGCGCUUCAAGUCACUCAAUGCUCGGGUGGCCUUGGCACUCCAGGACAAAGUGUCCGCAUUAGAAGAGAAGCUCGCCGCUCUGGAUGAGCUGUAUAGUGCUAAAGGGCACGCGCCCGUCAACAAUGGGACUCUGCGAGACGAUAUGGAGGACCGCACCAGUUUGUUGGCUGAAAUAAACAACAGCUUGUAUCGAUAUAAUAAAUUUCUAAUCCAACAGGAAGCCGUAAUGAGAUUCCCCCGCGCACCACACAGAGACAUCAGCAAUAUUCAAGCCUGGCACCGAAACCAUGACGAUCGUGCCAUCAACGCCAACGAGCUCCGAUACCUAGAUCAAGAGGAAGACCUCGUAUGCUUGGUCAACAAGAACAAGACUCCGCUAGGACGCUUGAUUGAUAGUUCGCCUCGAAUGAGAACGCUUCCUCUAUGGCAACAUAGGGCAAGGGAUGUGCCAGGGUACGACGCUCCGUACGUUGCAUACUACUCCGACAAGCGCAUGGACGCAUUCGCUUCGGGCACCAUCUUCUUCAUUGGUGCUACGAUGCUCGUCACGCCGAUCUGGGUGCUUCAAGCCCUCGCGAACCCGGUCAUGAAACUGGCGGUGAUCACUACUUUUGUGCUGCUGUUUCUCAUGGUACUCUCGUUCGCCAUGGUUGCUAAGCCUUUCGAGGCUUUGGGGGCUACGGCAGCAUAUGCUGCUGUACUCAUGGUGUUUCUGCAGCUUGGAAGCUGA